AAUGCAGAACCAGAGCUUAAUAAUAAUUAAAAUAACCAAUUAAACAACACACGGUUUAAAUCCUAUCAACGCACUUUAAUCCUCUGUGCAACAUUUUAUAGAAUGUGUUGUGGGUUUGCUUUCACAUUCACCUUCUCUCUUGUGUUCCUGCAUGUGUUUGGUUUGUCAGUCAGAGGAAGUGGUGAACGUGUUUCCUGCCCCUCACACACACACACACACAGUGAGGCAGACACACACACACACACACUGAGGCAGAGGAGGGGAAAGCUGAGCUCGAGCGAGAGAAGGUCUCAGGCAGCAGCAGCAGCAGCGAGCGAAGAAAAUGGCGAUCAUGCAGGACGAGUUCCUCGCCUCGUAGAUGCUGCACAACGAGCUGACUUUCUUCUAGCCUUACCGCCGGCGGUCCUUUCCACUCUGUUGCACUUUACCCUUCGAUGAGAGAUUUGGAAUCGGAAGCUGUUGCCACCAAAGAAACUGAAGCAUCUUAACAGGGAUCAAACCCAUAGAGGGAAGAACAGUGGAUGGAAGAGAGAGAGAGACGGAGAGUGUGAAGAGGAAGGAGGAUAAGAAAAUACAAGACUGGACAAAAGUGCCGGAGCAAGCCAAUUUGAGGCAGAGUCCUAAAUCAAGACCACCACCCCCCUUCCCCCUCCCCGCUCUCACUUACGUGCACACAAAAACACACAUACAGUCUUCAGCAAUGCCAACGGGGCCUGGUCAGCCUUCUGCCCGCUCUGAUAAGCCCCGCCUUGUCACUUCAGGCCCUUGAGGCUGUGUCCUCCUGAGCUUCGACUUUUAACCCCCCCUCUGUCGACCUGGGAUCCAGAGGUCGCCCGUUCUCCACUCAGCCCAGGGACGCCCUCCUGCACCGCCAGGAGCCGCAGCCACCAGCCACACUGUCAGGCAUGGCUCCCAUUCGGGAUUCCGUCAGCCACUCCCCUAAUCAAACAGGUCUGGAGCAUCCUGGCUUGGACUCGCAGUAUGAGCCUUCCCCUUGGUCCUCUGGCUCUCCCUGCAGCACUGAUAGCAACAGCAACUGGGGCAAAGUCCUAGUGGACGGAAGUACAGACAAACCCAAUAUCCCCUCUUCAACCAACUCCUCUGUCUGGCCUCCCUCCUCUUCCUCUUUCUCUUGCUCCUCUUCUUCCUCCUCUUCCGGUUGUGGGUCAGGAUCAGACCCUGAGCUGGCAUCAGAAUGCAUGGACGCUGACUCUAGCUCCUCAAUCGGCUCAGAGAAAAACCUCUCUGCUGUUGGUGUGACAACAGUGAUGAUGAUGUCAGCAAAUGCUUCCUCCUCUGUGUCUUCUACGGCUUCUUCCCCCUCUUCGGUGACUUCUGCAAUGAUGGUUGGCGUUUCUGUAAAUGGAGACAGCAACGGCAACAGUCGCCAGGUUAUUGGUGGAGGAGCAAAUAAUGGAAAUAACAAUAUCACAGGGUCCUCCCACUACUCAGUGGCGGGGUCCAGCAGUAUUGGCAGCAAUAACAUGGGUAGCCACAACAUCAAGCUCGUCAACAGCAGUAGUGUAUGGGGCACCCAGUCAGGCAGCAACACGAUUACCACAGGUGGAAGCACCCCCUGCGUCAACGGAGGGUUAAACCCAAACACUUUAAACCCAAAUGCCAACCACGGUGCCUGGCCCCAGAAUCCAACCCCAAGCCCAGGGUCCCAACGGCCCCCGGGGAUAAGUUCCAAACUGGGUAUAGCCACCCAACAGGGCCCUUUGCUGGGCUGGGGUGGCAUGGCAGCUCCAGACAACAGCAGUAUGAUGGAAGUCACUGAUAUGAGUAAUGGUACAGCAAGCAGCAACAGUGGAAAUGGUGGCCUGCAGUCUACCAACCUUAACACUGAAUCCAAUGGACCAAAUAACACUAUUAUGAUGAAUACUACUACUACUACUACUAAUGCCACAAUGACCUCUAGUCCACCAAACUCUACCGCCUCACCCCAACUCAGUGGAGAUUGUUCCUGGGGUUCCAUUGGAGGAGGGAAUGGGGGUCCGCUGGCCAAUGGAAACCCCUCAUCAGCCCCCCAGAACCCCCAAGGAGAGCCAGGAGUUGCUGGGGCCUUCGGUACGCCUUGGGGCGCGACUACCUACCCUGGAGACAAGGGCCCCCCAAAUGCAGACACUGUGAACCCACAAAAUCCUGCGUUAUUGCAGGCUGGAAACCCCCAAAUCUCCUCUACUGCUGCUUACAAGAGUAAUAAUAACCACAAUAACACUGGGGCCCCGCGCUGGGACCAGGGGCCUGCCAAUAAUCCAAACCAGCCUCAGAGCAACUCGUCCUGGGGUGUUGGCUCCAAUCAAAUCCCAGGCUCUGCAGGCCCAGGCAAUGGGAACCAAACUACGAUGGGCCCUCCAGCAGGGAUCCCUCGCCCCUGGGGGAGCAGCACAUCAUCUUCCUCCUCAACCUCAUCGUCCUCUUCCACAACAAACAACAAGAUGUCAAAUGGAGAAUGGGGAUCAGCAGCUCCUGGUAACAGCACAGAUGCUGUAAGUCAGAAAGGAAGCUCAGCCAACAAUGGCUGGAAGAGCCUAGAGGAUGACGCCAUGGGCAUGGGAGGUGGAGCAGGUGGAACCCAAGGUGUGGGGAGUGUCACUGGAGGCUGGGGUCGCUCUGGAGGAAGUGAGGGAAGUGCAGAAAGCUCUGGAGGUCAAUCUAGCUCAGACAAAGACAGCAGCCAGUCAAAAGGACUAAACCGCAGAAAAGGUACCCAUUCUCCAACAGUAGUAUCAGCCCUGCCCAGGAUCGAUGUGGACCCCCGGGUUCUGUCCAACACCGGGUGGGGUCAGACUCCCGUACGACAAAACACCACCUGGGACGUGAAUUCUCCAAUUAUCAAUCAGCCCCAGGGUCCAAGAAGAGAUGACAGAAAGCACAGCAGUGGAGGCUCCAGCUGGGGCACAGCAGGACCGACAGCUCACUCCCAGCCCUCUGGAGGUUGGGGUGGUCGGCCGAACAGCUCAGGUCAGGAUACAGGAGGUUCUGGCUGGGGAGACCAGAGACAAAACUCUGGUUGGGACAACAAACAAGUCUCAGGGAGUGGAGGUGGUGGGCAGAGUAGCUGGAAUGAUGGAUCCAGCUACAAAGGCAGCAACACCAGUAGUAACACAUGGAGCAACAACUAUAACAAAGAUGACAGGUCAAAUACCUGGACUAAUGCGCCCAAAGCGCAGCAGGGCUGGAGUUCCAACAGUGGAAAUGGAACUGAAGGGUGGGGUGGCGGUGGAGAAGGUGUCAGAGGAGGAGGCAACAAUCGCUGGGGGGAGCCCCAAAAAACUGCUGGCUCAGCGGGCUGGGAAGGCGACAACGACCGAUCUGGCUCUGGAUGUUGGAACGAUUCAAGCCGAUCCAACACAAACACCAGCAGCAGCAACACCUGGGUCGGGAGUGGAGGAUCAAAUACUCAAGAUCAGAGCGCCUCAAACCAAGGUUCCAACUGGGGCGACUCAGUCCACAAACCCAAUUCUCAGAGUAACACCCAGAGCUGGGGUGAGCAGCAGCAGCAGAAGAACAGCCACCACGGGGCCCAGAACUGGGGUGAGACGACUCCCAAGCCCUCCAACGAGUGGGGAAAGGGUCCCGAACCCAACAUGUCCAGAGGCAACCAAGGCCCCAGCAAGCCCUCAGGCUGGCAGGGAGGCCCCAUACCCAUAGGAGCUCCGAAAGAGGAAGUGUCUACUGGGUGGGAAGAGCCUUCUCCAGAGUCCAUACGGCGCAGGAUGGAGAUCGAUGAUGGCACUGCAGCUUGGGGAGAACCUGGCAAGAAACCUGUAGGAUCUGUCAACAUGAGGAACAAGACCGGCCAAUCUGACCAGGAGAUCAAGGGCCCUCCGCCUCAGCACCAGCCUCACCCUCCCUCUCAGCACCAGCCUCACCCUCAUCCCAACCCCCACCCCCACCCUCACUCCCACCCUCACCCACAACACAACUCCAUGCAUCCCCCCCAGCCCAUGCAGCCUCCUGCCCAGGAGAAAAAUCCUGGUUGGGGUGAGCAAUAUCAGCAGCAUAAGGAGUCCUCAACAUGGAGGGACCCCGCUCCUCCGCCGCCCGUGUCGGUGGACAACGGGACGUCUGCCUGGGGGAAGCCCAUCGACAGCACUUGGGAAAAACCCAGCAGGGACAGCAGAGAGCCUGGUCCUGGCUGGGGUGGCCAGCAUAAGGCUGCUCCAGGUCCAAAGCCCAUGGAGACAUGGUGUGGUGAGGAUGGGUCCAUGGGCAAUAGCUGGGACCAGGAAGAAGAGGUGGAGAUUGGCAUGUGGAGCAACAGCCAACAGGACAACAGGUCUCACGACCAAAACACCUGGAAUUACAAGCAAAAAGUCGCAAACAAGAUGAACAAACCAGUCAACAAACAGGAUGAACCCUGGAUGAAACCUUUCAUGAACCAGUUCAGCGGCAUGAACUUUCCUAGAGACUCUCCCGACGACUCCUUGAAGACAGGAGCGGGGAUGGUGCAGGACAAGCGCAUGGACAUGAGCAAUAUGGGAGACUACAAUGGAGUUAUGGGGAAGAACCCUGGGUCUCGACACCAGCUCCACAAGGAGUCUCCCAUGGAUCGCAGCCCUUACUAUGACAAGAAUGUAAACCCUAUGUUGGGUGGCAGCAGCGUAGCACAGGGCCGAGGCCCCCAGUCCCAAGUCCCCCCCCAACCCAACCUUCGUAACCAAGUGCCUCCACCCAUCCUGCCCUCUCAGGUCCCUCCAUCCCUGUUGAAGUACCCAGGAGGUAACGGAGGCCUGAACCCUAUUUUCGGACCUCAGCAGGUGGCUGUCCUCAACCAACUCACCCAGCUUAACCAGCUGUCGCAGCUCAACCAGAUCAACCAGUUACAGCGUCUUCUCCUCCAGCAGCAGCAGCAGCAGCAACAACAACAGCAGCAACAACAAAAAGCUCUGAGCCAGAGAGCAAUGCCCGUGGGACGACAGCCUGAACAGACACGUCCUAUCGGUUCGUCUCCAUCAAUGAUGCAGCCCCCACGGCACCUGGACCCCUCACGGCACCUGGACCCCUCUUUGCUAAAACAGCCCCCACCUCACAAACCGUACCUGGAUAACUACUUGUCCCACAAUACACCCGAUAUGCAGAAGGAUGCUUCCUCUCUUGGGUCCUUCAGCAACUUCCCUUUAAGCUUGAACUCUAACAUGAAUGUAUCCAUGGACAUGGGUGUUGGUGGCGGUAGUAGUGUUGGCGGAGCUGUGAGCUACAAAGAGCUGCCCCAGUCCAGAAUGAAGAAACUGUGGGCUACUGAGCCUAUGGAGCAGAACAGCAAAUCUGGUGCUAUGUCGUCUGGGCUGCGUCUGGAGGACUCUCCCUUCUAUGACUUCCUGUCUCCUGGCCCAUCUCCCCUGAGUCCUCCGGGCCAAUCAAUGGGCUCGGUGGGCGAUGGCUGGCCGCCCCGUGCCAACUCCCCCCCGACCAUUGGUAACACUGUCGCCUGGCCCCCAGAGUUCCGGCCCGGGGAGCCUUGGAAAGGUUACCCUAACAUUGACCCUGAGACUGACCCCUAUGUGACCCCCGGCAGUGUCAUCAACAACCUCUCCAUCAACACCGUCCGUGACACAGACCACCUCAGGGACAGGAACAACGGGCCAUCCUCAUCACUGAACACCACGAUGCCUUCUAACAGUGCCUGGUCAUCCAUUCGUGCCUCCAGCCACAGCGGUUCCCUCACCAGUACAGCACAAAGCACUUCAGCCAGACCCAGCGAGUCAAAGUGGUCUCCCGGUGGCGGUUCUGUGUCCAACUCCUCCCUAGCCCAUGAGCUGUGGAAGGUCCCCCUGCCCCCCAAGGCGAUGUCCGUGGCAGCCCCCUCCAGACCUCCACCUGGCCUCACCAGCCAGAAGCCCAGUCCUGCUUCCUCUGGCUGGGAUGCCUCUUCCCUGAGGAUGGGGGGUUGGGGCUCCACUGAGUCCAGAUACACACCUGGUUCCAGUUGGGGUGACAGCAGCAGCAGCUCAGCGAGAACCCAAUGGCUCGUUCUGAAAAAUCUCACACCUCAGAUUGACGGCUCCACCCUGAGGACCUUGUGCAUGCAGCACGGCCCUCUGAUCACAUUCCACCUCAACCUGCCACAUGGUAACGCUGUGGUAUGCUACAGCUCCAAGGACGAGGCCGCCAAGGCCCAGAAGAGCCUGCACAUGUGUGUUUUGGGGAACACUACUAUUCUGGCUGAGUUUGCCAGCGAGGAGGAAAUCAACCGUUUCUUUGCACAAGGGCAGUCAUUGGCCACUCCCUCCUCCAGCUGGCAAGCCAUCGGCUCCCCUCAGACCAGAAUGGAUCAGUCUCACCCCUUUCCCAGCCGCGCUCCUGAACCGAACCAGUGGAACAGCAGCGAACUACACAGCUCCUCCCUCUGGGGCGGGCCCACCAACUAUUCCAGUAGCCUGUGGGGGAACCCCAGUGGCACCGAGGCAGGGAGGAUCAGCAGCCCUUCUCCAAUCAGCUCCUUCCUCCCGGUGGAUCACCUGACAGGGGGUGGGGACUCCAUGUGAACCGCCUGCCAAUCAAACUGGCUGGGGGAAGGGUCAGUAGAGAAUUAUCAAUAAUCAGCAGAAGAAAAUGAAAAAAAAAAAAAGUAGUUAAAAACACAAAGGCACUAGUUGGACUCUUUCUCACUUACAAGAUAUUCAACAAAACGGGGUCUCCCUGUGGAAUACAAGUUACGUUUCUCUCUCUGCACAUAUGUCCACUUUGUUUUAGCCCAAAAACAUAUCAGUCGGAAUACUUGAAUCAUGCAGGCCAAUUCUAUAAUGUGAACAGAUGGAUAUUUGCUUCCAGGUAGUGCUCUUUCAGACCGAAAAAAGCUUCAAUCGAGCUCAUUAUUAUAUAUAUAUAUUUUUUGUUUCAUUCAUCAUGUUUAUUUGAAUUCCAAUUCUUUUUAUUUGUUUUUUUUCUUUUUUGCAUUUGUUUGCUGACAAUGUUGGAGUAUGAGCUUUUUUAACUUUGCACUGAAUGUGGUUUUUUCUCAGUAUAUAUAAUCUGCAAUAUAGAGGGAGCAGCCAGUUUUUCCAGUGUAGCUGUUUACUCAUUGAGGUCCUUACCGUAUGUGUGUAUACCUGUGCACACGCACGUGUGUGGAAGUACUUUGUGUGUGUGUGUGACUGCGUGUGUGAAUGAGUAUGUGUGCGCUCCUCUCUGCCUUGGCACGCCUACCUUACUGCGUUGUCUUGGAGUUCAAGAUCAACAGAUAGUAGAAGAAGAGUAAAAGCUGACUUAGGAGGAUUAUCUGGUGAUAGUAAAAGUGACAUUAAAAAAAAAGUAUUGCACCAAUUUUGUUUUAAAACUAAAGAACGUUGAGCUCUGCAGUGCAAAGGACUGUAGCCGCAGCUGGGACUAGCAAACCCCGCCCACCUUAAUAUAGGGGCGGGGUCUAUCUAGCAAGCCCUCUCGCGAGCCCCCUAGUGGGCAGGGUGGGGAACAGCACUUUCAGAAUAGGCUUUCAAUGUUUUGGAGGUGCCACACCGCAACCUCUUGUUUACAAGACUUAGGAGGCGAGACGUGUGUUCAUUCUUCAUUUUAAAGAGAAGAUGGAAUAAAAUAAAAUAAAAAAAAUACACAAAAAAAUUCAAAAAUCAUUUUUAAAAAAAACGUGAAAAAAAAACCUUUAAAAAAAAGAAAAACAAGAAAAAAUUUACACUCUUACUGAGGAUGAAGAUGAUGCUUUGUAACUCUGGGAAUUCGGAUCAGUGUUUUUGGCCAUGGCGUUGGUUAUUUGAACUAUUCCUCUCUGUCUGCUAAAUAACCAGCAAUGGUUCUCAGGAAAUCAAGCCAGUUUUCCCCCCCUUGUAGUUGAAUAAAAAAAAAGAAACUACUACUCCUUGUAGGAAAGGAAAAUCCAACUUCUAGCACUGAAAACGAUGUAUAGGUCUGUAAAAAAAAAAAAAUUCUCUGCCAAAUAACUGCUUUAAGCUGGAGAAGCUCAACACACUGCUUUCAAUAUGCUGUCUUUUGGGGGGGGGGGUCCUAAUGUUGGGGGCGGGGUUGUGGAGGGCAAGCUGUAGAAAACUCAACGCUCCCUCUCUCCUCCUCUUCCACCACUCCUCCACUCCACUGAUGUUAAAAAGAAAAAAUCUAAAGUGGGGAGUGUGUAACUGUGUGAGUGUGUGAUUGUCAGUGGAAGAUGUUUUCUUGUCGGACUUAAAAACCAAGAGAAAGGCGAAUCUGUAUCUAUGCAUACUGUAGCCUCUCACAUGGCCUACUGAGAGGCGUUUGUUUUUUGUUUCUUCCUUUUUUCCCCGUGUCUCAAAAUGUUUUAAAUGUUUCAUCAAGUACAACAAAAAUGACAAAUAUUACUUGCUUCUUUUCUUUUUCCUUUAUUAUUAUAAUUUUUUUUUUUUUUAAUCGCUCUCAUUGCCACAAAUGGUGUUUUUGAAAAAAGGAAAGAAGAAGAGAAAAAUCUCAAAAAAAAUAUCUCUUGUUUUGGUUGAAGAUAAUAUUAUUAACAGUGCAAAAGUCGUCCACAUUUCAUUGCCUUGAUCCUAAUUGUGUCCGAAGAUGCAACAACAAGUCAAGUGGCUUCUACCUGUUUACAAAUAGAAUAUGAUUGUAUUGUUGAACUGUUUUAUUUGUUUAUUUUUUCCUUAUGGGUGUGGGGUUGGGAGGGGGGGGGGGGGGUACUCAUCUGAAGUUCCUGAUCUGAUGAAUCGUGUGUGUGUGUUUGGAUGUUUGUUUGUGUUUGGAUGUGUGUGUGUGUGUGUGGAUGCUCUGUACUGGCAGACGUGAGUUCUCCCGCCGCGGGGGCGAAGGAGUCGGCGUGCGGGCGGGAGUCGUGGUCAUGUGUGCGAUUUAGCGUGAAUGUAGAUCCACCAGUGGUGUUUGUCAAUGAAAUACACGUGUGAAUAACAGAAUUACAUAUUAUACCAGUGAUUGUUUAGUAACUAUGAUGCACAAUUUUUUCGGGGAAAAACAAACGCUUCAGAGUGCGUGCACGAGAAGUCAGCAUUAGCGCGAAGCCAUGGACCUUAAUUUCUUUAUCUUCAUCGUGUAAUUAUUCUGUGUUAAGCCUGUUGUGUGUGCGUGUGUGUUUUCCCCGCUUCAAUAUUGGUUUUUAUUUCAGAGAUACUAAACAUGUUGGCUUUAGUUGUGUUUUUAAGUUUAGCCGUGAAUAUUUAACAACUUCAAAGCUUACGUAGGGAGACAGAACCUUGAGUAUUAGCCAGACUUGACAGUGGUGUGUGCCAGUAUUGAACUGCUCUCUACCAAAUAAUUCAAUUAUACAAAAGAUUAGUUUACUUAAUUCCAGAUCUUUUUUUUGUUUUUGUUGCUUAAACUAUAUAUGAAUAUAUAAAUAUAUCUUGUGUGUUUUUGUCUUGUUUAACGACUGUUAGCAAGUGGAACAUCUGAACCAUGUUUGUCAUUUGUUGUUUUGAGUUAACUUAAUUUGACAAAUUGAACUGAGGAGCCUUGGAUUUUGCACUUGGGUGGAUUGGAGGAGAGGCCGGUCGGUCAGACGGUGGCGCUGUUGUGUGAAUUUUCAGGUCUGUCUGAGGGAGAGGGUGCAUCAGUGCGUGUAUUGUGACAGGGUAGUGUGUGUCUGUGAGUGUGUACAUGUCUUUCUAUGGUUGUGUGGACAAAUUUGAGGUUUGAAACCAUCGUUGUGAGCACAUUUUGGUCAGUCCUCACAACCUCAAAGGGCUGUUUGAGGGUUCAGACUGUUGUUGGGCAAAGGUUAGACAUUUGUAAUGGUUAAUGUUGGGGUGGGGGGGGAGGAGCUGGGGAUGCAUUGUGGCCCUGCCCACUCCCUGGCCUCUAACUCAAUCUGCAGAAUGUGUCUCCACAUGUGCAUCAAGUGUCACAGUGCCUGUGAUCGGACCUCACUUUACUGCACCAUAUGCAAAUUAAUACAAACAUUAUUUUACCUUUUGCAAAGACGAAUGUUGCUUCAAGCCUGUAGGAAGCAGCAUGUUCCAGACUAAUCACCCAAACCCUUGACUCUAACGUUUCUCUGUGGGCUCUGUGAAUCUUAAAGGAUAAAUUGAGCUGAUGUGAGGCUGUGAUGAGUGUUUGUUCUCUUCUGAAGAGGACGUCAGAUGAGUCGGUGGCCCAGGAAACAUCUGAAGCUCAAAGCAGCUCUGAUUGAACUCAGAGAAUUCACAUCUCCAAUUUUUUACCAGUGCAUCCUGGGUAUUUUCACACCAGGUAAGAGCAGUGUACCUGUAGAGGAGUGUUCUCACAACUUGUGUGUGUAUGUGUGUGUGGCUAAGUGUUCUUAAGUUGUGUGUCUGCUGUUAAAGAGACGAUGGUGCUUUGUUGGUCCCGGUGAGGGAGUGAGAGAAGGGUGAGGGGGGGUGUUGUCCCCCUCUCCGGGUUUACCUCUCCCUGUUGGCCGGGCGGGCCGGUCAGAGCGGUGCCCACGCCGCCUGAGCUGAGCCAGAAUGUAGCUGCAAACGGUUUUUAAUUACAAAGGGGCGACCGGAGCCUCGACCUCCGGCCCCCCCGAUCAGCCUCAAAACAUGGAGCCAUUGUGCGGAAAAGUGAAAUUAAGCAACCACUGCUCGUUGUAUUUGAAUAAGUAUUCUGCUACUGUCCUGACUGUGCCUGGUUGUCACUGUGACAGACGGUGGCCGAUGCCCUGGAGAUGCUCGCAUCCUGAGGCCGACUGAAACAAGGCUUCUCGUUUGCCCGCGGUGACUCAGGCUGACCUGGGAUCAGCUGCUUCCUCCGGGCGCUUCAGGGACACCGGGUUGCACUUGCCUCUUCGCCCCCUCUCCGACUCCUAAGCUUAACUACAGGGGAGGGGAAACAAAACUGACAGGAGGUCGGGGGGGGAGUGAACUCUAAAAUGGUCUUUAUUCCCUUUCCACUCUCGAUGGAAUUCUUUUACACUUCGUUCAUUCUGAUUUUUGGCAGCGCUCCUCUCCUAGUGCUGAUCUGGGAGAAGUUGAAACCUCCUGUGAGGAGGCUUCUCUGCUGUUAGAGAAGGGACAAGCAAUGUCUGUAAACCGCCUCCCAUUGAUGUUGACGUUACCUUUCGCUUUCCAGCUUGAUCUUUCUCUGUAGCUGUCGUCCAAUCUACUGUUCAGUGUGUGUGUGCGUGCGUGGGAAGAGCGAAAACCCAGUCUCGUACAGAAACUGUGUUCAAACACAGAAUCAUGCCAAAUUGAGGAGGGAGGGCGAGAGGGAAGGAAAGGGAUCGAGGAUUUUAUUGAGUUUUUCUUUGUUAUUUUGUGUGUUUGUGCGUGUGUGUGUGUGUGUAUUUAAAAAGCUGGACAAUGUUAAAUGCUUGAAGAAAAUGUCAUUUGCAAAAGGAUGAUGUGAGGAAAAUCUUUUCAGUAAGUGAAAACCACCACGAGCAAUGUACAAUCCCCAGGGCUGCCGAGCAGCUUCCCGACAGGGCCAGGUGAAGGGAGGGAGGGAGGGAGGGAAGGAAGGAAGGAAGCUAGGAUAGAGGAAAGAGGAGGGAAGCUGGCUGGUGAUACUCUACUACUUUUUAAUAUUUAAGAAAAAUAAUGUGACUUUUGUUUUUCUCUUGACUUAACUAUCCUGUGAGCAAAUGCUACAUUACAUCAUAACACACACCCAACGGCUCCUACUGUCGAACAAAAGCGCAAAGGCUGUUUUUUCGUAAUACACAAAAAAAAAACACAAAAAAACAAAAGAGAAAAAAAAACUGUGAGAAUCUGCUGUUUGUCAUUUUACAUUUAGUAUGAAAACACACAAACAAACCCUGAAAAGCUUUAGUCUAACCAGCACAAAGAUGUGGGCGG